GUAGACAAGAAAUUACCGCUUGAAGAUGCAUUAACAAAGCUUUAAGAAUCCUAACUACUCCAAAGAAAUUGAAGAAUUAGAAUGUCUAUAGCAAAUUGUACCCAACGUAAUUAGUCGAUAGACUCAAUAGAGAACAUGGCUAUGGUUUAUGCAAGCAUUGAACAUGUGAUGAACUUGUUUGCUUAAGCAAUGAAUUUGGGACUAAUUUCUUUUGACCCUACAAAUAAUGUGUUCUACUUCACAAAAUUACUACCAAAUCUCUGAAGUUACGAGGAAAUUGUGAAUUUGAGCUGUUCUUUUGGUCCUUGCUGCCGUGACUACAGCAGAGAACGGGCAGAAGACAUUGGAAUUGUAGGGCUCGGUGGAGAGAGCAGUAUUUUGAUAACUAUUCUCUUCAUCCAUGUACCCUUGAUUUUCUGAAGUUACUACAGCCAAACACCAUGAAGAAACAUACAAUAUGAGGUUCCAUACCUCCUUCACAGUCCAACAUUCGCUCAUAAUUAUUUAUGCUCUAGUCACUAAUGUUAGGGAGAAAGAUUAGUAACUUGUUUGCCUCCAUGGAACAAAGAAAAUAGCAGGUUAUAUUAGGCAUUAUAUAUUUAUGGUUGGAAAAAAUAGUGUCAUCAGUGGGUCAGUUCAAUGCAUAUGAUUUUUUAUCACCAGUCCAUCAUUCAAUGCCUGUGAUCAGCACAAUUUGUUAUAUGACAUGUCAUCUUUUCGAACUUUGUGCAUUUAUACACUGAGCUUUGAUUCGAUAUUGCAGGAAACGAACACAAACUUGAUCAUUACUGACUACUGCAUAUCAAGGAUGACAGGAUACGAUCUACUCAAAAGGGUGAAGGGAUCCUCUAAUUUGAAAGAGAUACCUGUGGUUAUCGUAUCAUCCGAGAACGUCUUACCUGAAUCAAGAAGUGCUUGGAAGAAGGUGCUAAAGAAUUUAUGCUAGAGCUUAUCAAACAAUCAGAUGUUAAGAAAUUGAGAUGUCAUAUGACCAAAGUAACCAAACCAUGCAGUGGAUGGCUAUGCACCGGGAGGUAAAACAACAGAGCACAGUGACAGAAAUAUAAGCGAAAAACUAGAGAAAACAUAGGAGCAGAAAUUGACUAUGGCACUAUUGAUUAUUGAAUAACGAUUCAAGGGAAAGUGAUCAUUGACAACAUUAUCCUUCUUUUAUCUAUUUUAUUAGCUAUUUUUUAGUCAAUCCCAUCACUCCGUCUUAAUUUCUAAUGUUUUCUGUUAAAAGCAUGGUCUCUCUAGUCUCUCCCCUAAAAAAAUAUAUUGCACAUGCAUCAAAACUGAACAUAAAUCUGGUUCUACAAGUUCAAUAGUCAUGGAAGUCAUGCAUUACUAGAACACAAGAUAACUUGCAUGUGUCCAAACCAUAGCGAAAAACACA